AUGAUUCCGGCUAAUUCUAAACGGAAUAUUAACCCGACACAUAGUGACAUUAAAAAUGCUUUGCCGAGAAAAAAUAAACGGACGGGAUUGACCGAUUUGAGCAAUGCCAUCAGCUCAACUUUACAUAUUAGUUCAAAAGUCAGCGAAAAUAUUGAAAAGCAGAAUAUCGAAAAGCCCAGGAGAGUGCAACCCGUUGUACGAGCUAAGUCUGAAGAGAGAAAAUCCGUGCGUUUCAAUGAAGCAAAGUAUGAAUCUGAUUCGGAAGCCUCCAAACAUUUGGAUUUAACAAUCUGGAUGGAUCCAUGUCCGGAAUUUGAUUAUGAUGCUACUAAUCUUGGUGAUCCGUUCCAAGCUCCGGAGUACGCAAUGGACAUCUUCAAUUACUACCAUCAUCGAGAACUAAAGUUUCGUGCUUUUGAUUAUCUAUGCAGACAUCCGUUACUGAAGAAAAUCCGUCGUGCAAAAGUUGUUGAUUGGUUUGUGCGGUGUCAAGAAGAUUUUGAGGUCAAUCAUGAAGUGCUGUAUCAUACUGUCAAAUUGUUUGAUCUCUAUAUGUGCGCUACCAACAAUAUGGAACAAUUUGAUUAUAUCGGAGCAGCUGCAAUGAUUGUUGCAGCGAAAUUAGAUCAGCAAGGUCCACCUCUUCCCGAUGAUUUCAUAAAUCUUCCUGUCACUGACAGAGUCAAAAAAGUCAACAAUUACGAACGGCGAAUUUUAACUGCACUCAACUGCGAUGUCAAUUUUCCCCUUUCAUAUCGUUUUUUGCGACGUUAUUCUCGUACUGGAGGUUUGGACAUGCAAACACUCACAGUGGCACGUUAUGUGCUGGAAACAUCACUGCUUUUCUAUGAAUUUAUUUGUGUUCCAGACAGUUUAAUGGCUGCCGCAGCUUUACUUCUGUCUAUGAGGAUGAUACGAGCUGGAGAAUGGUCAACAAGGUUGAUCAAAUAUUCUGGUUAUAAAUUGGAGCAUGUAGAGCCGCUUAUGUGGCGCUUAAAUCAUAUGAUGAGGAUGCGUUCAAAAGUCUAUCCAGCAUGCAUAAGCAUAGAGGAGAAAUAUAGCCAUCCGAUUUUCUACAGUGCUGCCGACAUACAACUCCUCCCGGAUAAGCGUCCACGUAAUGAACCAGUUGGACCACCUGUAGGUCUCGGUUUCGAAACUGUAGAACACGAACCAGUUGGACCACCUGUAGAUCUCGGUUUCGAAACUAUAGAACUUGUUUGA